AUGGCCCAGUGUCUCGGAUAUCAUCGUACGGUGAAUGCCGAUGGAAAAGAAGCAACAUGCUACAGAACCUUCUGGGUCACCUACUCACUUGAGAAAAUGGUACUGGCCGACUUUGACAUCGGAUCCCCAAUUCCAGAAACUCCAGACGCGAUUUUUGGGGAGCUUAAUUUCUUUCUCAGGUUCACGCAGUGCAGUCGGCUACUGUCAAAGGCUUACCAAAUGUUGUUCUCUACCAGUGCCACAAUGCGCUCGGCUGAUAAGUACAACACGGCUAUCGGAAUCAUUGAUCACGAUCUAGAACGCUGGAGAUUAUCAAUACCAGCGGUCUUCCGGCCAGGCGAGUCGUGCAAACCGACAAUUCAUCGCCCAAGCAUCUCUUUCAUGACCCUCCGUCUACACUAUGUCUACUUUACUCUUUGUAUUUCCAUUUGUCGGUUGACCUUGCAUGUCAACGAUGAAACCUCUCCCCAGAUGGACGUUACGAAAAAAAAAAAGACUCAUGGUCUCAGCUCGGACCGUGAUCCAGCUGACAAGAAAUACCGACACACAACCGUUCACCCCUAUCUGGUACGAUACCAAUCCCGGAUGUUAAGCGUAGUACCCUUAUCAGCUAUGUUUGUUCUUUUUGACUUCGUUGUCUAUAACCCAGUCCAUCCUGAAACAGAUUUCAAUUUGGCUCUUCUAGAUCUGGCUGCGGGAUAUUUCAGUCCUCUGGAGUUUGCAACUAGUGCAUCAUUUCCCACCUCACUUCUAGCUGGCUUUGCCCAUAUUGCCUAUGAAUUUGUUCGAAAGCAACAGGGCCAAAAUGCGUUUGUCCUCACCCCUCUAGUGAAUAGCACAGGGCUCGAUACCAGGCAGGCUGUCUCCUCACCGUUGACCCCUCAUGGCCCGCCAUCGCUGACUAUACAUGAAGAGGGCACUACCUCGACCUUAAGUGAAACAUAUUCUUUAUUUUCUGACAUAGCAUUCGAUGACUGA